AUGGUACUUUCAUCAAACUGGCAGGCAUUAUUAGCCUCCGAAGCGGGUUCUACUUCCGUUAAAAAGACAAAGCAAUCAAAUAAGAAAAGUAACAAGAUAGAUAAAGCCAGCAGCUCCCAAGAUUUACGCCCCAGACGCAAAACUGGUAGCAAAAUUAUGGACAUGGUGUAUAACAUGAACAAAGAAAUUAGUAAGAAUGAGAAGAAUAAGCUCGAGGGAAUAUUGUUUGAGUUCAAUCCAGCUAAAGCCAAAACGGAUAAUAAAGUUGAGAAAUUAGUACACGUGGAUGCAUUAGAAGAUGUUCCAGUUCGCAAUAACAAGAGUAAGGAAAUUGGAAAGUAUAUUGCAAUGGAUUGUGAAUUUGUGGGCGUAGGACCGGAAGGUAAAGAAUCUGCGUUAGCGAGAAUAUCGAUCGUGAAUUAUUUUGGACAUGUUGUUCUCGAUGAGUUUGUUAGACCAAGAGAGAAGGUUGUAGAAUGGAGAACCUGGGUUAGUGGUGUUAAGCCAGAACAUAUGAAGGACGCUAUAACUUUUAAAGAUGCCCAGAAGAGGACAGCGGAUAUUUUGGAGGGAAGAUUUCUGGUUGGGCAUGCUCUUAAGCAUGAUCUUGAAGCUUUGAUGUUAUCCCAUCCAAAAUCAAUGCUCAGAGACACUUCAAGACACCUCCCAUUCAGGCAAGCCUAUGCCAAGGGUAAGACACCAAGUUUGAAAAAAUUAACAAGGGAGGUCUUAAAAAUCGCCAUUCAAGAAGGUGAGCAUUCUUCUGUUGAAGAUGCUCGUGCCACCAUGCUAUUAUACAAGAAGGAAAAAGCUGAAUUUGAAAAGAUUCACAGAAGAACUUUUAAUUAG